GAAAUUCGAAGUGGGGCCGAAGGUCGCGGAUGGUGGGGCCAGCCUCGUAUCCUCGCUUUCGUCUUCAUCAUCUCCGCGGCCGCGGCUAACUCGGUUAGUCCUUUCCGCAUCAGCACCGGGGACGAGCUCUCACGCGUCUGACAAGGUAGUUUGGAACGACGACAAGAUGUUUUUUCCUACGCAAGCCGCAGUCUUGCUCCUGUCUCUGUUUGCCGUGUUGGUCAACGGCAGUCAGUACUUCCAAUCGCGUGUAGUCACGUCUAGCAGCUGCGACAGCUACACAUGCGGAACCAACGCGAGAUGCACCAUAAGCGAAGGACGACCGGUCUGCUCGUGCCUGAAUCUACAUAUGGGAGACCCACUUGCGCACUGUAUACGAGUCGAAUGUUUAAUCAACGACGAUUGUCCAUAUAGUAAAGUGUGCACGGAUAACAGAUGCAUCGAUCCCUGCAUCGGUCUGUGCGGCGCCAACGCGAACUGUAACACCAGGAACCAUGUAGGCACCUGCGUAUGCCUACCAGGACACGUCGGCGAUCCGUUCACGGGCUGCCACGUCGCGGAUCCUCAAGCUGCCUGCAAGCCGAGCCCAUGCGGGCAGAACACCCAGUGCGAGGUGAUCAACGAAGUACCGGUCUGCACUUGUCUACCGGGUUACAGAGGCUCGCCUUUGGCUGGCUGUCGUCACGAGUGCGAGAGCGACAGCGAGUGCCCUCAUCACCUUUCGUGCUCGUCGUCAUUCAGAUGCGAAAACCCCUGCAAGUGUGGCGAGAACGCGGAAUGCGAAGUCAUCAAUCACCAAGGCAGGUGCACCUGUCCGAAGACGUGGCUGGGAAAUCCGUACGUCUCGUGCCGACCGGAGUGCACCGCCCACUCCGAGUGCCCGACGGGCAAGCCCGCCUGUCUCUAUCAGAAGUGCGUGAAUCCAUGCGACGGCGUUUGUGGAGUGAACGCCGACUGCCACCUACGCAGCAUCACCCCCGUUUGCAGUUGCCCAAAGCACAUGACUGGCAAUCCUUUUGUGAGCUGCAGACCGUUUGAGCCACGUGAUCUCUGCGAGCCGAAUCCCUGCGGCUCGAAUGCGAUCUGCACGCCGGGUCACGACAACACCGGCAAGGAGAGGCCGGUGUGCACGUGUCCCACCGGCUACAUCGGUAACGCUUUGACAAGCUGCCAGCGCGGGGAGUGCUUCACUGACAGCGAGUGUCCCGACAAUCGGGCGUGCAUCGACUUCACGUGCAAGAAUCCGUGCACUGGUCGUGAAUGCGGCUCGACCGCCACGUGUACGGCCCGACGUCAUAUCGCGGUCUGCACGUGUCCGGACGGGACCAGGGGCGACGCUCUGUACACCUGCAACCCCAUCGAGAGCAAGUCCGUGUACAAUUACGGCCGUGCCUACCGUUACCGCUACUAGUCACAAAAGGCGAACUGCGCUUUUAAACGCUCUUUGCAAAACCGUCUAAUUUAUUCUAAUUUAAUGUGCAUCUUGUACGCGCAUCUUAAUUCAUUGUCAUUCAAUGCUCGCGCGGAAAAUCAGAGCGGAAGGAGAUGAUCGAGAACGGAGGAUUUAUCGAAGGACACGUCGUUCGGUCAAGUCUUGUUAAGGCUCAUGCUACUUCGCCUCGACCUUCUUCGUUACUGACGCGUCAGAAGCGAGGAAAUAUAUACUCAACAUUCUUGCAAAAUAAAAGAUAUGAUAAAUGAUACUUGUGCAGUCAAUUAAGAAAAAAUUUGUAAAAUGUUGGAAAUAUAUUCCCUUUGACCCUUAAAGGGAAAUAUAUUUUCCCCCUACUGACCCCUUCGACUGAAGUAGUCAGUCAAAUUAGAGGCGAGGAAGCAAGAGCCUCGAUUCUUUGGGAUUCGCCUACUUCUCGCCGAAAUCGUAAUAAACAGAGCAACCUUACCUUCGUAAUGCUAUACUAGUCUUCUAAUCCUCGCGUUUUGAAAACAUCACGGAUCUCACAUGUACGUUCUGUUUUUGGGCUACAACCAGCCGUUUAUGGAUCUCGUUUAUAUUCACGAUAAUGAUAAUAAUAGACACGCGAUGACGAGAUUUAUACUGCCGAGAUUUUAUACUCGCUCUACAAUCGCACUUCUCCAGCCUGUCCUUGUCCGUCCCACAUGCGACAUUCGCGUAUAACGUGUAGUGCACUAAUUGUUGAGAGGGAGAGAAGAGAUAUCCUUGUACAUCUAAACAAUAAUUUUUAUUGAAUAAUUCAACAUUAUGUCCACUUGGUAAAUGGAGUGCGGGUCGUUAUAAAACUAGUUGAGAAAUUUAGGAAAACAUUACUUACUAGUGUACUAUUAAAAAAUAAAUAAUCGCGAUUUUUUUUACAUAUUACACGUUACACGACGCUAAGAAUCCAAUAAUUACGCUAUUACUCGUUAUUAUAAGUAUUGGCAGCACCGUUAUUUGCAAAGUUCGUUAAUUUCGAAAUAGUCAUAUAUCGUCCGCUUCGGUAUGUUCGACUAUAAUUGAAUUUUUUUUUUUUCUAUAAAUCUUCUUUCUUACAAAUACGUUAAGGACACAGGCAUUGUGUUACUCUUCGUUCUUCCUGUAACUAUAACAAUAUAUUAACACAGUAUAUUAUUUCAUUA